AUGAGUCCCAACUUCUCAAUCCUGUUCAGCCUCUCAUUUACCAAGAACUUCCUUAUAAGACCAAUUGAGACGGCAGGGUCUGAUCUGGAGUGUGGAGGCCUGCAGCCAGAUUUCACCAACCAGGAAGCAAAGUGUGGGUGCUUGGCCCGGGUGGUGACGGUGUCUCCUGGUCCAUUAAUCCGGGUGGGGGGUCAAACGGUGUCCAUCCGAUGUGAUGUUACCGAAUAUGGCGGACCUAGUGAGCAGGAUUUCGAGUGGACGAUGACCAAGGAGGCGAACGGGAAGAAGAUGAACAUAAUUUCCUCCUUUGAUGCCAGGUUCUCGGACCCAUCGCUCAGCAAGCGCGUUGCGUCUGGCGACAUCUCGGUGGCGCGUCUUAAGGACAACGAGGUGGAGCUGAAGAUAGCCGAGGUGAAGUCAACGGACGCUGGUUUCUACUGGUGUCAAACGCCGAGCACCGACUCCGUCAUCAGUGGCAACUACGAGGCUAAGGUCCAACUCACUGUCAUCCUCAACACCCUCAAGGUCUCCCCCCUGACCCCGCCCCCAGUCGUCCCAGAAGGAAGUGACCUCACGCUCUCCUGCAACGUCACCCGGGAGCUCAGCCACCCCACCUACCUCUCCGUCACCUGGUCGGUGAAGAGGGGAGCGACAUCGGAGGAAAUUUUGACAUUUGGCCCUCAGGGAGACGUGGUCACAGGGGCCAAGUACACCCGGCGCUACGCCGACGGAGGCAUCCGAUUGGUUCCCGGGAAGAACGGAUUUUUCGAACUGGUGAUUUCCAAAGUGACGACGUCUGACGAAGGGACUUAUGAAUGCAACGGAACUGAAUGGACGUACGAAAGUGGAGGGAAGUGGAUAAAAAUCGUGGAGAGCACUAAAGAGAUGGGAACUGUGGCUGUAACUCCUACAGGCCAGUCCCUCAGCGUGAAGGCUUGGUCCUCCUCUCCCUCCUCCACGCCUCUGCUGCUCUCCCCCGGCGAGAAGCUGACCCUCGUCUGCUCCGUCUCCGCCGACAACCUGCCCGCCCUCGCCCUGGAAGUGACCUGGCUGGCCGACGGCCGUGAACUCGUCACCAUGGAGCUGAGCGGGGUGGUGAUCUCCAACACGUCCUCGGGCGGCGCGCAGGGAAAGCGCGGGGAGGCCACCCUGGAGCGGGUGUACACCUGCCGCAUCCGAGCCUUCAUCGAGAAAGGAGGGAGGAGCUCGGGAGGAGGAGGGAGGUGGCACAUGGCCGCCGAGAAAACCUCCAGCCCUGUAACCGUAAAGGUGGCGCAGAUCAAGCCAAGCUUCACGGUGACCCUUGAAGCCGUCCUGAACCCCAAGAUGACGGCUGAACCCACAGAGCUGGCAUGUCGUGUCACCAACAUUACCCAUUUACCCCUGGGAGGCCGACUGGGUGUCACCUGGGAGCACACCACACUUCCUGGUAUAGGGGGUGGUCCUCAGACCUCACAUCCCAUUGGCUCCCUGGACGGCUAUGGCAACCUGUUGCCGGGAUCGACGUAUUCUGACAGGCUGAAGAGCGGCGUGAUAUCUCUGACCAGAGUCCAGCCCGACACAUUUAAACUGCGAUUCCUCCGCACUCAGGAGAUCGACAUGGGCCAGUAUGUCUGCACGGUGUCUGCUUGGAGUGUUAACAGCCAGGGUGGCAUCAUGAAUACCAGCGAGUACCAGAGCUCGCAGCUGGCUGUACGAUGGGAUACCAAACGUCCCACUCUGAACGUCGUGGCCAAACGCGUCCGUGAAGCCUCAGUGGGCGGUGCUACCUUUGAGAUGAGCUGCACCGUGGCCUCUGAGAACCUCGGUGAGGCGGGUUACUCAGUUCUCAUCCAAUUGCAGGACAGCCUGCAGGGCACCGUGAGAACCAUCAUGACUCUCAGCCCUGACAACGUCCUGCAGCACGGAGAAGCCACAGACCCCAGCAGGAGAGACAGUCUGGUUCUGACAAAGUCCGGUCCGGCAGAGUUUCAGUUUCGGCUAGCGGGCGUCCAGUUGUCCGACAGAGGUUUCUACUGGUGCGACAUCACCGCGUGGACCAAACAGCAGCCGGGACAAGCUUGGACAAGAGCCACCAGUGCAGAGUCUAACAAAGUCAGGAUCGACUUUCAAGAAAAUGGGCCGUCCUACUCCGUCGCCAUCCGUUCAGACACCAACAUUGUUAAUCCGUGGGAAACGGCCAAGAUGGAGUGUUCGCUCACAGUCCAAGGAUCUUCCCCAAAGACUGGCACACAGACAGAUGACCUGGCGUACGAGGUGCGUUGGUUUUUCACCAGGCUGCGCGGCGGAGAGACAACGACCCUGGUGGCCAGCGUGGACCGCUUCGGCGUUGUGACGAAAGACACUCGCAACUCCUCCAGUGACAUUUCAAUAGAGCGCAAGGACACGCACACCUACAUGUUGAACAUUCAUGGCACUCAGGACAGUGACAGUGGCGAGUAUCACUGCGUCGCCACUCCCUGGUACCUGUCGGCCUCAACAGGAGCCUGGACUCAAGCCAAAGAGCUGCCGUCGUCUCGAGUCUUCCUUACAGUCCGAUUUGCUGUGUGGGACUCCCUCAAGUUACCUCUCUUAUACGGAGUAGCGGCCUCAAUAGGUGUGGGCCUCUUCUCUCUGGUCCUAGGUCUGGUUUGCGCCCAGUGCUGCUGCCGCAACACCACACACACUCCGCGCUCGCGCAACAAACUCAUGGACCUGGAAAUGGACUGACAAACACUUUCCCCCGCCCCCCCCCACUGCAGCACUCACAGGAAACCCCACAGACACACGCCCAUAGACGAUUUCUGGGACACCCAGUUGUUUCCAUGCGAAGGACAUUGGGAGUAAAAUGACACCUCGCUUUUGGAAACCCAAGCCUGACUCGUCGAUCGCAGUGCUUUUAAGGGGGGGGGGGGGUGCUAGGGGGUUUCUUCAACUCUGCAGUGGAGGAGCAGGGGAAAGCGCCAAUCAGACUUCAUUUUCUACAGAGAUCCAUUAAUAUCUGCGGAGCUUCCAGUGAUUUUUUUUUUUUUUUUUUUUUUUUUUACACCGAUAUCUUCGCUCCCCGUUAAGACCAUAGCACUACAACAAACUCAAGAGUUUAAUUUUUGCGGAACAGGAUGCUUCUGAGACAUCACUGCCACUUGGGAAUAAAGGACCACUAAACAGAUCUGCUGCCUCUGGAACCACUAAGGAUGACACAUGAAGCUCUCAGGCUGGACUACUUUUUUAUUAUUAUUUUUUUUUUCUUCUGAUGCCAAGGCUCCCUGCAAAGGCCAACCGGUCUGUGUUCCUGAUAGUCUCUCAGAGCAACGGCACACCAGCGUACCCCGUUGGAUUUUCCUUUUUUGGAGGAAGCGUGGGAAAUUCAAGGGGUGGUUGGUGCUUGGAGAGACGGAAGCGGCAUUUCAGUUUAUGCGCCACGCCAUAUCCCUGUUAAGUCCCUAAAGUUGUUUUGUAUGUGUAGAGACUGUCGGUUUAGGCGGCCCUGAGACAAAGUCCCGUUCAUACGGGCAGCAGAGGUCCUAGAAAACAAAAAACAAAACAAAAAAGUGGUGCUCCGCGUGCUUUCCACACCAGAGGUAUUGAGCUACAACGACCAUCCCAGAGUAUUCCUAUCUUAACAAAAGGACUAUUUACUUUUAUUCUCGACUCUAGUUUUUUGAAAAAUUUACGAAAUUUUAAAACAAGAGACAUUUUUAAGCUUUACAAUGAGAUAUGCAGUUAGUGUGUUUGUGUGUGAGAUAUACUGUACGUGGUGCCAAUAUGUGAACUAACAGGUGUGCUCGGUUCAUAUCGCCAGAUCAACACUUGAACUGCCUCUAAAAGUGGCGACAGCAAGCACUCCUUUUCUAGAUAUUCAGAAAUGUAUCCUGCUGUUGUCUCGUGUGUGUGUGUGUGUGUGUUGGUGCGAGUGCUUUGCUACAGUAUGCGAGACGGAGUUGCAUGUGCUGUUUUCUAAGGACAGACUGAUGUCAUUCAGGAGCAACACAAGCCUUUUCCUGGGUUACAUUUUUCGUCACUAAUCUAGACUCGCAUGUGUUCACACGGUGAGCAACGUGGCUCGGUAUGGGCUCUGGUGCAAGAACCUCUGCCACCAAUCAUGCAUGAUUCUCAGUUUUAGUUUUGCUUUUUAAAGGAAUAGUGCAACAUUUUGGAAAAUGCGUGCAUUCGCUUUCUUUCCGAGAUGGAAAAGAUCUUUAUCAAUCUCAUGUCAGUGCAUUUCAGUACGGAGCUAGACUCAGGGUGUGGUUAGCCUAGCUUAGCAUAAAGACUGGAAGCAAGGGAGACAGCUAGACUGGCUCUGUCCAAAGUGAAUAAAAACACCCUCCAGCACAGCAAAAGCUCACUAAUUAACACAUUGUAGUUUUGUUUUUUUGUUUUUUUUCUCCAUUCCAGAGAAUUUUGGUUCGGUGGGAAAUUAAAUGCUGUAACUAUUUUUCUUGCCUGGGCAGAAGGAUAAACCGCUCUUUAAGAAAAAGUUCUAGUGUAUACAACAACACUGCAGUUUGUAUACGGAUUAAACCAACAAGAUAAAAUGUGUUAGAGGUGCUGGUAGUCAUUUUUCUUUUUAUUCUGUCGGUCUGUCAUGCAAUCUACAUGCUAAGCUAAGCUAACCAUGUUCUAAGUCUCCUUAUCUAACCACCUCUCAAAAAGGAAGCAAAAAAAAGCGUAUUUCCUAAAAUGUUGAACUAUUUUAAACACCACAUGAUUUCAAUGAGUUUAAGGGGCAGUCUACAUUUUUGGUGGAUCCAAUUAUCACUUUUGGUUUAGCCUGGUGAGCAGUUUCCCUGUUUAAAGCAACAACAAAAAAAGGAAACAAAAGAAAAUGCCCGGGAGCUAUCACUGGCAAACAAGCUCUACUCAAAAAGUGUCAGACUGUUCCUUAACUCUCACUAACUAGCCAGAAAACUUUCAGUAAAUUGGUUUCAGAGAUGUGAACUGCAACACUAGAUAGAUAUGGCCAUUUUCCAAAUGAGAUGUUUUCAUCUCGACUCUUUCAGUGAAAAGUUUUACCAUGCACUUAACAGCCAAAACUGAAAACAAAAAAAAAAAAUAUAUAUACAUAUAUCUGUAGAACAAAAGCAUUACCAGCUGAUUUAUGAAAGAAAGCUGUUCCCAAUGUGUUGAGUCUCUUUGGUGUUUUUUUUUUUUUUUUAUAGCAAACCAAUGAAUUGUUGUAUCAUGUUGACUUGCUGUGUGAACGCACAUUCACAGUUCCAGCAACACAAAGUGAGGAUGUUUGGGUCCAAACCCAGCAGGAUCCCAACAGACCGGUUAGGUUUGUAAUAAAAUGUGCCAGGCUGUGUUUCCUCCUCCACUGACUUGGCUUGGAUAGGGCUUGGUUUGAUGUUUUUAAAUAGUUUUUAAAAAGGUAUCGGGCUGUAUUAGGGACAUAUUUUUCGCCCUCAGAGCUAAAACGCUCAAAGUUAAGAUUUAAAAUAGGGGUGUUUCCUGUGGGAUGUUCCAUAUUCAUACAAGGCAUCUGUCGCCCACUCAGCUCUGACUUUGUGCACAAAACUGCCUUAAAUUCAGCCUGGCCAGGCAGCCAGUGCAGAACUUGAACGGUUAUCCAAUCGGAACACAAUGCCCAAAUCCAUAAAGAUUUCAGAUUGAUGAUACUCAAACAGUUUAUUUCAUAAUUGCACAAAUUCACAACACCAUCAGCUACAGGAAACACCAAGAUAAACCUGUACCACAUGUUGCCAUCCUGCAACAAUUAAAGCAACAGUGAUGUGUUCCUUCAGGUAGGGACACUAAAGGGGUUAAGCUGAAAACCCACUAUGAGAAAUAUUGAUGAAAUGUGUCUGUUUUGGCUUGAUUGAUGGUGACGGUUACUUCAGAAACUUCCCGUACGUCUCCAUAAACCCACUCCACAGGUCUGUGUGUGUGCCUCUCUGUGUCGGAGCUGUUGCAGUAUUCAAAAUGGGUUUACCGCUAUCCUCAACACCCAUACGUUCACACAGGUGAACAAUAGGGCUCCGUGCCAAAUGCCACAGUAAACACACACACACACACACACACACACACACACACACACACACACACACAGCGCGUAGCAUUGAUACACACCACUGAUCAUGUCAUGUCGCAAGAAUUCCCCAGUGUCCUUUUACUUUGUCAUUUUAUCGCAACGAGUAUGAUGAAAUGUGAUGUUUUUUAAAUAAAUAGAUUUGUAAGAUGUA